AUGGUCAUGCUAAUCCACGCUUUGCGUGCUCUCUACGCUGAUGGGGGCGAUUCGUCUCUCGCCCGUCGCUGGGAGUUUCGCGAAGAGUCCCCGGUCGAGGGUACCAAUCGAUCGCUCUUUAUUGCUAUGGGUGUGGUAGCCAUUCUCUCAUUGACCUCUACUCUUGGCCUCCUGUCGUUCCUUACCUAUCGGUUUAUUUUCUGGCAGCGGUAUUAUAAGCGCCCGCUUGCUCAGAACCAAUACGUCGUGCUUAUUUACAAUCUCCUUCUCGUCGACCUACAACAAGCGAUUGCGUUCCUUAUCAGUUUACACUGGGUAUUUCGCGGCAGUGUCCAUUUUGGAGAGACUGCCUGUUAUUUGCAAGGAUGGUGGAUCCAAAUAGGUGAUCCUGGCAGUGGCUUGUUCGUCUUGUCCAUUGCGCUGCAUACAGGUGCUGUGGUCUUGCGUGGUCGCCAAUUGCCAUUCAGAAACUUUGUGUACUGUGUGAUCGCAUUAUGGCUGUUUAUCCUCCUCUUGGGAUUCAUCCCGGUUGGUCUAUAUGGCUCGAAGGCCUUUGUCAUCACAGAGGCUAAUUGGUGCUGGUUGAGCCCGGAAAAUCAGCGCGAACGCCUCUGGGGUCACUACCUUUGGAUUUUCCUUUCCGAGUUCGGCACAAUCGUCCUUUACGCGAUCAUGUUCUUCUACCUUCGACGCCGUAUGAAACAAGCGAAGAUACUCCGCCGUGGCCAGCAAGAGAGCCUGCAACGUCUCAAUCGGGUUGUGAUUUACAUGGUUAUCUACCCUGUCGUUUACGUGCUCUUGUCACUGCCACUUGCGGCCGGUCGUAUGGCAACCGCUCAAGGCAAUUCCCCCAGCAAGGAUUAUUUCGCUGUCGCUGGUUCCCUGAUGGCCUUGUCUGGGCUCAUGGAUGUGAUUGUCUAUACCGUCACCCGUCGCCAUUUGAUCACCGAUACCGAGCACAGCACGACCGACCGCAACUACGAAAACACCGACUCCCAAUGGCAAACCAACAUUACUACAGCCGGGGGUGAGGGGUCUCGCCCUCGAAAGGGAGGGUUCCGCAUGGGAUCUCGACUGAGCUCAAAGUUCCGGAAGAGUAUGCCUACUGUUGUUGACAAAGAGACUCGGAAUAGUCCAUUCGAUGAUUCGACAGAUGAUAUUGUCCCGAAGGACGACGUGGAAAUGAACACUUUUGGUGUGUACCAGGAGACCACCAUUGAGAUCUCUCAUGAGCCUGCAACACCUGCAGAUACUAUGGAGGCAACUCCGCGCCGGAGUGGUUAG